ACCAGCCCGUGGUCACAUGAUCUACCUACACUUGCCUUAAAACCACCCUCGCUACACGUUUCGUUUCUUGUGAGUUCAUUCCUGUGGAAACAGAAGCAUCAUUUCACGUUGAUAACUUGAUAACUUUAUGUUGCUUAUAUAUUGCUGCUACAGGUUUUCAAAGGCGUUAACAUUCAUGACUUUUGAGUAACAUCAAUCUUCGGUACAUCAAAAACUGCUACACGGAGACCUUUGACUUGAUUGGGGAGCAUCGAAUAACAACUUUAAAAACAAAAAGACGGAAUAACUUUAAGAUGGAUGGAAUGACUAAUGACCCUUUUGGUGCCAUGUUAAAAGAAUUUCUAGAUUCACAAGACAACAUGUCAUCAACGGAAGACACGACAUUCACAUCCAUGAUUUCUACCAUUGAUAUUACUGAGCAAAUGAAAGACAAGCAAAUCAUUGGCAUUGCCAAUGGCAUAAAUAAAUACUACCUGUGGGUUCUCGCGUCUAUCGGAGUGCCAGCCAAUCUGCUGGUCAUCCUGACCAUCUUGACCAUGCAAGUCGUCAGCCCAGUCACAUUUUUCAUCGCUGUCCUCGCAUUCAGUGACGGUAGUGCCCUGGUCCUAAAGCUGAUUUUCAAUCAGAUGUCUCGCACGUUGAUGGUAACCAAAGUCGUCUGCAAGCUCAACUUCCUGCCCAUAUUCAUGUCGUCUUUGGCCAACUGGAUGCUGGCCCUCAUCUGCGCCGAACGUUUUAUUUCCGUGUGUUUUCCUCUCAAGAAAAUGUACCUGGUCACCAAACGACGCGGCUAUGUCGCUGUACUUGUUACAGCACUGAUGCUGCUGGCUAUUUUUAUGUUCUUCUUUCUUUACAUGUAUCAAAUUUCAUAUGGACAUUGCACUGUAGCCGAAGGUUUUGCCUGGGUUUGGGCUAAUAUCUUCUACUGGAUCAACGCUACACUAACUGUUUUCUUACCAUUUGUAAUUAUUUUAACAAGCACCUGUUUUACUAUCAGAGGUAUAUACCUAUCUCGCAGUUCUCGUCGAAAAGAAGACGUUGAAAAGAGUGAAAUUAACGAAUCGAGUAACAAACUCAGUGAAAGGCUGAUUGCUGAGGCCGAAAAAGUCGAACUUACCAUCACCAUCAUGAUGGUGGUGGCGUCGGUUCUGUUUCUAACUCUCACUCUACCGUCCUGCGUCUUUUUCCUUUCUAUCCCGUAUGCCGAAGCGAGCACUCAGAAGGGAGCUAAGUAUGUUCUGUUCAGGGAGAUCCAGUACCUUUUGUACGACGCGUCCCACGCCAUCAACUUCUUCCUCUACUUCUGCACCGCCAAAAGUUUCCGCCGGCAGUUCUGUCGUCUGCUGCUGUGUGACUGGCUCAGAAGACGGUUUGGCAAGUCUCGCGCGACAGACGAGAGUGGAGAAAUUGGUGACACUCAACAGGGUACCACUUCUGGCUCAGUAACCCAAGAAUGAGCCAACAGUGUAAUAUUUUCGGCCCAAAAACCCAAGAAUGAGUCAAUAAAAAUAGGCAAAUCACACUAAAACUGAGCCUGUCGUACAAUAUCAUUUAACUUUGAUUAUUUCUUUCCUCUAUUUGGCUUGGGUUAUAUUCAAACAUUUUACAUUGUUUCUUAAACUAGGUUCAAGUAUAUAUUUUAUAUAUAAAUUAUGAAUACUUGUACUAUUUCGUUUGAGGGAGCUAGUGCUCCGGGGAGAGGCUGUACA